GGGCUUGCGGCUGGCCCCGAGGGAGCCCAGCGGAGCCUCCGGAGCAGGGAGUCGGCGGCCGCCGGCGCGCAGGCGCGGUGCUGCGCUAGGGAGCAUCGGAUAGCAGCCGCGGCGGCGAGAGCAGCAUCAGCACCAGCCACAGCAUUCAUCUGAUAAGGGCUCUCCAAGGGUUUCUGACUUCCAUAUUCCAAAAGAGUUAAGAACUCCCGGACUAGAGGUACCUUGUCUCCUGUGGUCUGCCAGGUCCCAGCCCAAAUCUGGAAGGUCCCUUUGAAGAGAUGGCCCUAGUGAAGGCCGGCUGGCUCUGGAGGCAGAGCUCCAUCCUUCGCCGGUGGAAGCGGAACUGGUUUGCCUUGUGGCUGGACGGCACCCUGGGCUACUACAAGGAUGAUAGCCUGGAAGAGGAAGAGGACCGAGUGCUGAUCCGAUUCAACUGCCGAGAAGUAAAGACCGGACAGGAGUGCCCAGAGGUACAGCUCCCUGAGGGCCGGAACCGGGACUCCCUCCUGAUGGUGUACCUGAGGGAUGGCCCCCGCCUGACACUCUGUGCUGAGACUAAGGAUGAAGCUUUAGCAUGGAAGGCCGCCCUACUAGAAGCAAACUCCACUCCGAAGGCCCUGGGGGCAGUAGGUACUGUCCCCCUGUGGAGGUGGCGGGCUCGGCCUCGGGGCAGGUGCGUGGUCCACGAGUGGCACGCCAAUGUAGGGUGGCCCUUCUCUUGGGCAAGGAGACGCUGGGUCCGCAUCUAUGACCCCUAUGAUGACUAUUACCAGAUGGUGCCGCCCAAUGCCCACGACGCCACCUACAUCCGCACUGGCUACUACGGCCCCCCCUAUGGAGCUCCAGGAGUGACCCACGUCAUCCUGCGUGACUCACCCUACUAUGGCCGAGAUACUGGGGGCGAGCUAGCUAUGGGCAUGUUGGCUGGAGCUGCCACAGGUGCCGCCCUGGGUUCCCUCAUGUGGAUGCCCUGCUGGUUCUGAGUCCACAUACCCAGGAGCACCUGACGAUUCUCCCCACCAUUGGACAGAGAUCCUGGCCCUGGCCCUCAUUAGGUGCCUAUCUAUCCAUGGCACAAACUUCUCUUUGAUGGUCCUGUCCUGAUCUCCCCAGAAUCUUAAGGACUGGGUUUGCUCCCUCAACCUUUGCUCUGGUCAAGCUCUGGUAUCUCUAGUCUCUCCAAUGUCCAUGCCCUUCUGUGCCCCAACUACUAGAAUAGAUAUAAGAUAUCUUGACCCUCACAGUGUCCCAUAGUGAUUCCCCCAUCCACAGCUGGGUCUAGAGGUCUGAAUGGUUUUUGGUUUUUUCAUCCAUUCCCAUUACACACACACACACACACACACACACACACACACACACACACACACUCUUCCCAGCCAGGGAAUUAAACCAGAAACUUCUUUUUCUCCUGCACAUCAAACACAUUUACAGAUUCUUACAGAUUAUUCUCAUGGAUAUUCCAGCAUACAUACCCAUCAGACACAGAAACACAGGUCCUUCUUUUCCUUCCCCUAAAAACAUAUAGUUCAGUAGAGAAAGAUUGAGACCCACAAAAGAUCCUCAUUCCAACACCCUUAACUAGUCUCCUUUCCACACUCACUCCUCCACCCCUGCCCCUGCCAGCCAGGAUCUCAUGUUGGACAGGGGGAUUAAGGAAUGGCCUUGGUGGAGGGGAGCUACUUCCCAAAGUUUGAAUAGUCAGAAGCAGGAGGCUGGGUUUCGUUUGCCAAGCAAGGAAUCUGGAAAGUAACAGAAGAAUUGUUAGCCUGUCACAUGGGAGCUUAAGUACAGAGAGCCAGGGCUGUAUAUAGGGAGCUCCCCCUUCUACCCCAAGAUGUGAAGAGGAGAAAUAUACCUUGAACCCCUUUGGAACCUGAAGUACCUACUUCCUAGCCAUCAGGGCCCUAGUAACCAAAAAAGAAUGUGUAGUCCUGGGUGUCCAAGGGUCAGGAGAGAUCUGCCUAGAUCUUCUCAUUCCCCACAAAAUCUCUAGAUAAGCUAAAGGAAUUUUGCUAUUUAUUCUAAAGAAAAAAAGAGUCCUGCUUGCCAAUACAAAUGUUGAGAGCUGUCCUGUGGAGGAGGGGUCAGCCAGCUAGUAUACAGUAAGCCCCUACUAUGUGCCAGGCACAGUGCCCAGUGCGUGGGUUAGACAUUUCUGUUUGGCAGGACCGAUGGAUGGAAGACAGAAAGCCAUAUUAAGAUAAGGAAGAAGCUACUAACAGAUCUGUCUCACAAUAGAAAAGGUUACUUGGGAGGGAAUGAACUGCCUGUCAGUGGAGGUGUUCCAGGGUAGGCUGGAUGACUCCUGACCUGGGAGACUUGUGAAAGGGACUUCUGUCCUAGAAGGGAAGCUGGACUAGACACAAUCUCUGAAGGCCCUUCCAGCUUAGCAAGGACUGCAGACAACAUGCUUCUGGGAAAAUGCCUUACAUGUCUCAAGAUGGAAAGAACAUUAAGUUUAGGAGGGCCAGCUCCCAAAAGAUCUUCUCUGCCUUUGGAAGGACCCUAGACCAAUGAUUAUACACAUACCCUUCCCCACUUCAAAAAUACAGAACCAAAGGAGAGAACUUGAAACAGUCGUAGUAACCAUUUCACUCUUUUUUUCCCCUGGCACAUACAGAUUGACCUGAGAUUGGGAGUACUGUGUCUGAGCAGGGGCCUCCAAAGCCAGGCCAGGUCACCAGCCUAAUUUCUCCCAAUUGUCCUUUAUCCCACUGGCGCAACAUAGGCCCGGCACAAAAACUGUGAUGGGAGAGAAAACCCAGCCAGUUUUUAAAGGAAGGAGGGAGGGCUGAAUGCAAGAAGGCCUAAGUCCCACCCCUGCCCCCCACUCUCCCUCUCCCCACCCAUCUGAUGUCUUCCUCCUCCUGUCUGCCUGUCCUUUGCAUCUACAAUUCCACCAUUGGAGGUUUUCUCCUUCGAAUUAAUCACUGUCCUUACUCAAUUACUCUUUAAGUGCAAAUUCCUCCCCAAAUGAGUCUCUUAUAUGCUCCAAGCUUUCAGUGGGAGAAGUCAGAAUUAGUAAGGAUGCCUAGAGGGACUAGGGCUUCCAGGGGAAAAAGAACACAGAGAGAGAAAGCAGAGGGCAUUGGAUACAAUUCUCACUGACUUCACCGUUUGACCAGUGGAAAAAAGUCAUGCAAAAGACCCUGCCUUGGGAAACAGGAGGCCUUCAGCUCUAGUUCCAGCUUUGUCCUUCCUUUCCUUUGUGAGCAUGAGCAAGUUUUGCUUCCUCUCUUGGCCUUAAUUUCCCCAUCUGUAAAACUAGAGAAUUGAGCUGGAAGGUCCUUGGGAGCUCCAGAAUUCUGCAAGGACGUGCCGAGGGUUUCCCGCAGUUCUGAUCAUUUUUCCUCUCCCCCAGUGGUAGUGGCUCCCUGCCUGGGGAUCCCCCAUUCUGGAACAUCUUAGGUUUUUGCUAAGUGGUGGUGGUGGCAAUUGUGUAGAUUGUAAUGUUCUGUCCUGUGUAGACAGGAACCCAGAAGCUCCAGGAUUCUACUAAUAAAACCAGCUGUGAUACUGCU